UUUAUAUUUUGUAUGAGGUGUUCAUAAAAUUUUGGGGGGUCAAAAAUAAAAAUUAAUUUAAAAAUUAAUAAACAAGCUUUUCUUUUUUGACACAAUUUUAAAAAUAAUUUAAUGUCAAAAUUUUUAUAUGAUUUUUUUUUGUUUGAAAAGUGAUGAUGACUCUAUACAAAAUAUUAUAAAUGAAAAAUAAAAAUAAAAUUAAUGAAAAUGUUCAAUAUUUAUGUUGGAAGUUAAAAUAAAUUUAUAAUCUUCGGGAAAAAAAUAUAUUUAGAAGAAAAAAUAUAAAGAAAAAGAAGAAAUUGAAAAAAAAAAAUGAAAUUAUUUAAAUCAAAAAAACCUACAAGUUGUGUUUCCGGUAAAUCCGGUAGUGGUAAAAAUAAAUAUUGUAUUCAAGAUGAAUCAUCAUCAUCAUCAAAUAGUAAUAACAAUAAUAAUAAAAAUGUUGAAACAAUUCCAAUGACACCAAUAUUGACAGGUGACCGUGCAAUGAGUCCAGCACAAUCAGAAGACAGCGGUUUGGCUCCAGAUCGUGGACCAACUUCAGCAAUAAUAUCAUUACCAAGAGAAAGUGCACAAGCAAUGGAUAUUAUAUUUGCAGAUCGGCCCGAUCUAAGUUAUCCACCUGUUAUUGCUUCAGUUGAUGCAUCAGGACCGGCAGCAGAUUUUUUAUCACCUGGUGAUCGAAUACAUCAAGUAGAUGGAAUGUCAACAAUUGGAUUAUCAAAUUCUCAAAUUAUGAAUUUAAUAUGUUUGGGAGAAACACCGGCAUUAGUUGAAAUUGAAUAUUCAUUGCCAGAAUAUAUAUCACAAAAUAGUCUUUGCGUUCAAACAAAAUUAGCACAAAUUACAGUUGAACGUGAAAAUGGUUGUUUAGGCUUAACAUUACGUGGUGGCGGUGAAUUUCCAUUAAUGAUAACGCAUGUUCGUCCACAUGGUCCUGUUUUUAAAACUGGUAGAGUUAAACCUGGUGAUCGUUUACUUAGAGUUGAUAAUUAUUCAUUGAUUAAUAAAACAUUAUCGGAAGCACAACAAUUAUUAAAAUGUGGUCAUAUAUCCGGAUUAACAAAUCUUACAAUUGAAUAUGAUGUAUCGGUAAUGCAAAGUGUUGAAUAUGCAACAGGACCACUUUUAAUUGAAAUUGAACGUCCAAUGAAUGAUAAAUUAGGAUUGGUAUUAGCAAAUUAUUCACCAGUACAAGAACAUAAUGCUGCUAUUGGAGAUAUUGAUGAAGUUAGUAUUGCUGGAAUUUAUAUUGCAAGUAUAUUACCAGCAAGUAUUGCUGAUCGUUGUGGUGCAUUAUCAAUAGGUGAUCAAAUAUUAUCAAUUGAUGAUACAAUAUUAGAAAAUUCAGAAUAUACACCAGAUGAUGCAAUGAAUUUAUUAGAUACAAAUACUGGUUUAGGUUAUACAACAAUGCAAAUAAUGCCAGCACAUGCGUUAACAAGAAAAUGUUUUUCAUUUGGAAAUCAAUCAAAAUAUGGUCUUGGAAAUGGUACUUACAGUACAUUGGAAUCACGUAAAUCACGACAGCGUCGAAUUCAAGCACGUAAAAGUAGUGGAAGUACAUUGACACCAUCUGUUGGUGUAUGUAGAACUGAAACUAUACAGGUUAUAUUAGAUUGUACACAUGGUUCAGGUUUAGUACUUGGAGCACAAUCUGCUUGUGGCCGUAGUGUUAUUAUAGCACAAAUUCUUGAAGAUUCAGUUGCUGAUCGAUCCGGUUGUAUUCAAAGUGGUGAUCGAAUAAUUGCUGUUAAUAAAAUGUAUAGUCUUGAAGCUAGUACAAUAAGGCAACUGUUAGGUGAUAUGGGACCUAGACCACUUGGAUAUCAAGGUACAAAUUGGGUUGAAUUAGAAAUUGAAUUCGAUAUGGCAGAUUCUGUAAUACCAUCAAGUGGAGUUUUCAAUGUAAAACUAAUGAAAACCGGUAAAGGUGGUCUUGGAAUUACAGUUAAUGGUUCUAAUCAUACUGGUGGUGGGGGGGUAUAUGUUAUAACGGAAGUAAAACCAGGAAGUCCAGCUCAUAGAACUGGUUCUUUAAGAGCUGGUGAUAUUUUAUUAGCAGUUGAUUCACAUCCAUUACAACAUUUUAAUGUUGAUGCAUUAUUAAAAGACAAUAGUAAAGGUUGUACAACAUUAACAAUAAAAAGAGAUUCGAUACCAGAUUUUUUAUUUGAUGCUCAACAAAGGUCUUUAAAUCCGAUUUAUGGUAAUUUUAAUAGUAAUCCAGAUCGAGAAAUAUAUGCAUAUUCAGCUAAAUAUGGUGAAGUAAAGUAUACCGAUUGUGCAUCAUCACUGAAAUCUUUAACUCCACAACCAGAUUAUUUUCGAACGAGAAGUAAUGAACCACAAUAUGGUAACUCUGGUGCUGAUACUAUUGACAGCAUGGAAGGUUCAAAUACUGUUCAUAAUCCAGUAGUUUUAAUUCGAAGACCAUAUGGUAAAUUCAGUGCCAUGGAACAACCAAAUGUUGGUAGAUGUUUUGGUGGUGAAAAUACACAAAGUUUAACAACUGAAGUGGCUGAUGAAUGCUAUAACGAUUUAAGCCCAUACGAAUUAGAUUAUCCUUCAGAUCGGUUCAUGACAUUAAAUUCAAAUUGUGAAUUGCCGCCCCCUAUGGAGGAAAAAGAAUAUGAUACUAGACAAAUUGUAACAACUGUAAGAUUAGAACCUAAGGGUGGACCAUUAGGAAUAACAUUAGCUGGAAGUGAGGAUCUAAAUAAACCUAUAACUAUAAGUGGAAUUGUUGAAGGUGGAAUAGCUCAUAAAUCUGGUGAACUACAAAUUGGUGAUUGUCUUCUAGCAAUCAAUGAAGAAUCAGUACAAGGGCUUCCUUUAUCGCAUGCUACAAAAUUGUUACAACAGAAUCGUGAUGAAUUUAUUGAUUUAAAAUUGAUUAGAAUGCACCACGGUCCUAUUGAUGAAUUAGAUAAUUUAAUUGUUGAAAGUGAAGGUGCAAUCGGUAAUACAUUAACAUCAGGUCAAGAACUUUAUGCCAAAGUACAACGUCGCACAAGAAGUCCAUCAUUUACAGAUGCAAUCUCAACAACAAGUAGCAAGGAUAGCAAAAAUCGUGUAAUACAUAUAACAUUGUAUAAAGACAAAGUAUACGAUGAUUAUGGAUUUUCGGUAUCAGAUGGACUUUAUGAAAAAGGAGUUUUUGUAAAUCGUAUUAGAUCUGGUGGUCCAGCUGAUAAAUGUGGUGUUUUGAAACCUUAUGAUAGAAUUCUUCAGGUAAAUGGAACAAAAACUAUUGAUUUUGACUGUUGUCUAACUGUACCUUUAAUAGCAUCAGCUGGUGACAAAAUUGAUAUGAUUGUACAAAGGCCGCUACCAGACUAAAAAAAUAUAUUAAUACAAUUUUGAUUUUUAUAUUAUUAUGCUAGAUUAUAAAAUGAAUAAGUUAUAAAUUUAUAAAACUAAUACUGAAAUUUUAGCCAAAGGAUUUAAUUUUUAAAAAGAA